CUGGAUUAUUCUGGUCCUGGAGCUACUGCUACUCGCCAAGAGCUCACCUCACCUCAUCUCACCUCGUCUCAUACGAUCAGCUGACUGAUCGGCUGGGCGUGUUCCUUUCUCCUCUCUCUCUCUCGCUCGCUCUCUGUGCUUUUCUUCCUCGUCCUUGCUCCAUUGUGCGCUUCUCCACUCCCACGCCUCCCCGUCCGGGUAUCUUUCUUCCGUACGACUUCUUCGGCUUUCGACUUCCGCUUGCCCCCUCGGUCCGAGGAUCUCCUCGACUCGGAAGCUCAGUUCCUUCUCCAGUGGACAUCGCAGAGCCUUGGUUCGUGGUAGGGGUAUUUCACAUUGGCAUCUUUGCACUUCUUGGACAACGACGUACCGCCUCACUUCUUGCAUCUGCAGACUACUACCGCACACAUUCUCAAUCCCCUCGAUCAGCCCAAGAUGGCAGACGACUCACCCUCCUCCAGCCGCCCACGCAGCAUCUCUGGCAUCGUCGCCGCAGACCAAGACGCCGAAUUCAGCAGCAAUCCCAAUAGCUCCGGCAUGGAUACCCCAGGUUCCGAAUCGGGAGGGGAGCUCAUCGCAACCUCUACCGUCACUACUCAAUUUCAACGAAGGGAAAAGAGUGGGAACACCUCAGAGGGAGAGCUAGGACAGGCUUUGGAUCGCGCUCUUGCCGAAGGAGAGGCGGGAAGCGCUACUGCUAGUAGGAGAAGAGAUACCAAGACUACCACUGUCACUCAUCUUGGAGCAAAGGGGAUGGAACAUCAGAUUGAUCGAGAUGGGGGAGUGCAUCUGAAACCACAGCAAUCGUCUAGCUCUAGGAGAAAGGGAAAGAAGAUUAGGGCACUGGUUAGCUUUAAGCCUAGGAAUAGCAGGUUUGACUCGUUCAAUCACGAUGGCGAUAAGGAUCCAUUCCGAGGCUUCUACACCCUCUUCUGGAUCGGCAUGGGCAUCCUCAUGCUCAACACCUUUUACACCUCCUUUACCAGCACAGGCCAAGUCAUCUCCCUCACCUUUGCCACCCUCUUCUCUCAAGAUGCUGGAGUGUUGGCGCUCAGUGAUGGACUGCUGGUGGGGAGCUUGUUCCUAUGUGUGCCGUAUGCAAAGGCGCUCAAGAGGGGAUGGAUGAGGUACUGGCCGACGGGAGUUGUGAUUCAGCAUGCUUGGCAGGGGGCGAUCCUGGGAGGCGUCAUCAAGUGGGCUCGCUACAGAGAGUGGCCCUGGGUUCAAUCAGGCUUCUUUGUCCUCCACACCCUCUCCAUGAUGAUGAAGAUGCACAGCUACCUUGCAGUGAACGGCGCAAUGUCCCAAGCUAGCGCUCGUCUGCAUCGCAUCGAGCAGCAGUUGGAGGAGCGUGUCCUCGAAGUCGAGCGAGACGAUUCCGCUGCUCCUUCUUCGGUUGAAGAUGCCGGCUCACCGGAAGUGGCUCGAGCUCAGCAGCAGCAAGCUCUGGACAGGGCUUGGGAGAGAGCUAUCAAGACAGCCAGGGACUCCGCGGACACAGUCGAGGAGAGUCGACCGCUGCACAAGGAUCAGUCUGAAUGUGUGCCUCCCUGGACUCUACGUGAGAAUCAGCGUGGGAUGAAGGCAUACAGGCAUCAGGCCUUCACCGGUACUAUUUCCCGGUACAAGAAUGAACACGGCGGCAGCAGCGCUGGCGCUAGCGGUGGUAGCAACAGCAAGUCUGCCUUGAGCGAGAAGAUGGUACCCCCUACGGCAGCCCAGGCAGCUGCUGACCUCAACAACAGCAACAGCAACAGCAACAGCAACCAUGGCUCCAGCAGCAAGACGGAUCAGCACGACUCGAACUCGGAAGUGGUGAGAGACCCUCAUCCCCUUGCAACGCACUCCGACGCAGUCAUCUCCUCGCUCGCAAGGGACAUUGAGGGGCUGAGAGAAGAGCUCAUGUCCGUCGACCCGGGCCAUGCUGACGGCGCUGCUGAGUCCAGGGCGGGAGGUAAGAAGAGCAGGGUCUGCUGGCCGGACAAUGUGACGUAUGCCAACUUUUGGGACUAUCUACUCGUGCCGACGCUGGUGUAUGAGCUGGAGUACCCGAGGACCAAGUCAGUCCGACCCCUCUACCUCCUCGAGAAGACCCUCGCCACCUUUGGCACCUUCUUUGUCAUCUACGUCAUCACCGAGCACUUCAUCAUCCCGCACUCACCCCAACCAGACACGCCCAUCAUCGAAACAAUGCUGAAGCUAGCACUGCCGAUGAUGAUCAACUACCUCCUCAUCUUCUACAUCAUGUUCGAAUGCGUCUGCAAUGGCUUUGCCGAAUUGACUCGAUUUGCCGAUCGAGAAUUCUAUCAAGACUGGUGGAACGCAACUAGCAUGGACGUCUUUUCCCGCAAGUGGAACAAGCCAGUGCACUCUUUCCUCCUCAAGCACGUGUAUGCUUCGAGUAUUGCCAGUUGGGGGAUUAGUAAAGGCGCAGCGAUGUUUGUGACUUUCCUACUGAGCGCCUUUUUACACGAGGUGGUCAUGGCGAUUGUCAGUGGCAAAAUUAGGGGGUACCUGUUCGGAGCACAGAUGGCACAGAUGCCCUUGAUACUGCUCAGUAAGGUGCCCUUUAUCCGAAAUAACGAGACUCUUGGCAAUCUCAUCUUCUGGGUAGGACUCAUGUGUGGUUUCCCACUCCUCAACGUUGCCUAUCUUAUCUACUGAGUGAACCCCGUCUUACAAUGAAUUGCUCAAGCGGCGCGGAAGGAAUUACCUGACUGUACAAGUCUUGCACCACUCUUCUCUUCUUGACUCGGUGGAGUAGUGGAGCCCCGUACCCCUCUCGUCCCAGUCCCGUCACAGCAUGUGGAUCUCAUCGCCAUCGUCGUCGUCGUCAGGGCUUGCAGGGCCCGUGACGAUUCAUACCACCAUCACAUACCUGUACCUUACACUGCUCAUUCGCUCACUGCAAUUAAUAAGUCAACUCAAUCACAUCGCUCUCAC